UCACUGACAAUGGCUUGGGCUGACAUUUCCUCAUCAGUCUGAUACUAGUUGUACUACCGCAGUAGUUUCUGUGUGAAACCUUCCAUUCAAUCAUGUGCUGAACAAACUUACGGUUAGUGUAAAACCUACUAUUCAAGUCAGUGCUAAACAUAAAGUCGUUUAUGUGUGAAGCCUUCCAUUCAAAUGUAUGCUGAACAAACGGACGGUUCGUGUGGAAACUCCCAUUCAAAUCAGUGAUAAACAUGAAGUCGUUUGUGUGUGAAGCCUCCCAUUCAAUCACGUGCUAAACAAAUCUACGGUUAGUGUGAUACUUCUCAUUCAAUCCAGAGUUAAACAUAAACUCGUUUCUGAGUGAAACCUUUCAUUCAACCGUGUGCUAAACAAAACCCAAGUUUAGGAUGAAGCCUUUCAUUUAAACAUAUGCUAAACAAAACAUCGGUCUAGUUUGAGAGGUUCCAUUUCAUCAUAUGCUAUAGAAAAAGACGGUUCUGUGUAAAACCUUCAAUUCAACCGUGUGCUAAACAAAAAAAAACUUCAGUUCAGUGUGAAGCCUUCCAUUUAAAUAUCUACAGAACUAAAUAACGAUUCAGUUUGAGAGCUUCCAUUCCAACAUAUGCUAGUCCCUAUGAAACCUUCCAUAUAACUGUUUGCAAAACAUAAUAUCGACUGCGACAAGAUUCUGUUGAAAACCAGUUUCUGGAACUAGAUGCUCACACCGGGAUAAGACAGUGCUGUGUUUGGUUUGGGAUUGUUCAUUCGAUUUGAAAUGGUUGGAUGGAAUUUGAGAGUUUGAGGUUAGUUCUGAUGCUCCAAGGAAGACUUACUUGACUAUCAAACAAAGUCUAAAGUGUGCUGUUGCAAAUAGUUGAGGAUAUAAACUGAUGGAUGCUCUAGAUAUGCAAGCUGGUUUCGAAAGAUCAACUACCAACAAGUCGACAACUAUAACUAUAUCUACAACCAACUAUAACUACCAACAAGUCGACAACUAUAACUAUAUCUACAACCAACUACAACUACCAACAAGUCGACAACUAUAACUAUAUCCACAACCAACUACAACUAUAAACUGCCAACAAUAUAACUAUAUCUACUACUACCGAGGGAGAACAGUGCAGAAAACAUAUAUACAACUCAAUACUGUAGAGUUCUAUAGUUAGACUUCUGUGUCGGAAUACCGGCUGAAGCAAAUUGGUCAAUAGUCGACUGGUGUGACGUCAUCACUAUGAAAUCCAUUAUCAUCAAGUGAAAAGUCAAGGUCAUUAUCAUCCCAACCAUAGCAACAAUUCUGAUGCGUCUUUAAUGAGAGGUCAGUGAAAUUCAACUAGGAAACGGUUGGGAGUGAAAUUUUGUAAGUCAUGAUAAAGUGAGAGUGGGAUUGAAAAGUCAUUAGUUGGUAGUGAAGUUUAAUGAGGAAUUAGUGGGUUAUGAAAGUCAUCAAAUAGGACAUGUUAUUCAAAUGUCAAAAAUUUAGGUAGGUCAAAUCAUUAGAGAGGUCUACAAUAUUGGAAGUUGGGAGUGUAAUUUAUCAAGUCCUAAAGUGAGAGUGAAAAUUGAAAAUUUAUUAGUUGAUAGUGAAGUUUAAUCAGGAAUCAGUGGGUUCUGAAAGUCAUCAAAUAGGACAUGCUAUUCAAAUGUCAACAGUUGAGGUGGGCCGAAUCAUUAGAGAGGUCUACAAUAUUGAAAGUUGGGAGUGAGAUUUAGAAGUGAAAAUUGAAAAGUUAUCAGUUGAUAGUGAAGUUCAAUAAGAAAUCAGUUGAAGGGGGCUCUGAAAGUAAUCAAAUCUACAAUAUUGAGAGUUGGAAGUGAGAUUUAAGUCAUAAAAUGAGAGUGAGAAUUGAAAAGUCAUUAAUUUUUGGUAGUUAAGUUUAACGAGUCUGAUAGCGGUUUACGCACGAUAACGUUUAACUUGAUAGUGGAUUCUGAAAGUCAUCAAAUAAGACUUGAUUUACAAAUUUCAACAGUUUAGGUGGGCCAAAUCAUUGAAAGAGUCUACAUUAUUGAAAGUGAAAUUCAAUAAGUCAACAAUUUAAAGGAGUCUACAGUAUUGAAAGUGGAAUUUAGUUAGUGAACAAUUUGAUUAAUGAUUAAGGGGGUCUACAGUAUCAAAAGUUGAAUUUAAUAAGUCAUCAAUAAUGAUAUUGAGAGUAGUGUAUUGAAAAAGUGAAUUUAACCUGUGAGCAGUGAAAAUCAGUGAUAGAAUUCCAACAGUCAGCAAUGUUUAGAGUAGUCAGCAAUAUCAAAUUCGUGAUAUUAUUCACUAAGGGUGUUUAUCAACAGUUGAAAUGAGAUGAAAAUUCAGUCGAGUAGCACGAGGACCUAGUUUUGCAAGAGUUAUCCAUAGGUCAUAGGGUUAAACGGCUUUUAACCCUAGUUUAUCGGCUUUUAACCCUAGUUUAUCGGUUUUUAACCCUAGUUUAUCGGCUUUUAAGCCCAGUUUAUCGGCUUUAAACCAUAGUUUAUCGCCUUUUCAUACGAAAUUUACAUGUAUUGAAGAUCGACUUCUGUAUGAGAACAGUAGAUUCAACGCAUCUGAAAGACUUUCUGAGUACUUUGGAAGAGUGAUAUUGUAGUAGUUAUCCAUACUGAAUAAAAAGAGGUUAAAGAACAAUAUAAGUGUAGGAGAAUAUCUUUUCUUUUAUUCAGCAUCUGUAAUAACGUCUGUUGUAAUUAGCGUCUGUAAGAACUAACGUCUGUUGUUAUUGACGUCUGUAAGGAUAAUGACUGUGAGAAUUAACCUGUUUUAGAAUUAACCUCUUUUCAAUUAACCUCUUUUUUGAUGAACCUCUUUUAAAAUAAUAUUAACGUCUGUAAGAGAACACAAAAAUACUUGAUAACAGUUGAUCAGCAAUCAUGUCCACCUUUAUCACACUGUUGCCAAUUCUCACGCUACUCUCCCUGCUGCCUGCUUCUGGAAGGGUGACCGUGAAACGUCAAGACACACCCCCUGCCAGUGACGUCAUAAACGUCAACCACUUGGCUGACCCUAUUAUUGAACAAUUCAGCAACGAAAUCAUAGCUGAGGGCAAAGAACAGGCAAAAGUUGACGAUUUUGAAGAGUUCUACAGGGUAGGUUUGCUGGGUGCCAAGUUUACCCUCUUCGAAUUUCAGUGUAAAAACGGGUGGGUGAGGGAUAUUUCUAGUGUGACCCGUCAGGGGGAUGUUUUCUUGCAUACCGGGGGUUUGCCGAUAUCGGUGGAUAUUCCGUUUGGGUUUAAAAUCCUGCAGUUUAACUGUGACUCGUAUUUGUUAAGGGUGCCAGUGGUUAAGGUUUCAGGUAAACUGCAGGCUGACGUGGCAGCUAACGCUGUAGACCUUAAGGUCAGUGUAGAUUUCAUAGACGAACAAUGUCGAUUCAGGGUGGAUCGUUUAAAGGUUGUAAAACUAGAAGGUAUACAAAUACAAGUGACAGGUUUCAGUAUAUUCAACGGCAUGUUUAACAAGAUUGUAUCUUGGAUAGCGAGAUUAUUCAAGAACACAAUCGAGCAAAGAAUCGCGGAGCAGAUUAAGGUUUCUUUGAAGACUAUUGUGGAACAGUCGGACUUGUGUCAUGAGCAUACCUUGAUGAAAAUAACUGAUAAAAAGGAACUGAUACCGGUGCUGGCUGCGUCGUUCGGGAGAGUCACGCAUCAGAUUGAGCAGAAUAUAACUGGUACUCAUAAGUAACUGUUAUUAACGAUCAUACCUGGAUGAAAAUAACUGAUAAAAAGGAACUGAUACCGGUGCUGGCUGCGUCGUUCGGGAGAGUCACGCAUCAGAUUGAGCAGAAUAUAACUGGUACACAUAAGUAACUGGUAUUGAUAACGUAUUUUUAAGUGCCAGUUGCACAAAAGUCGGUUAAGUUUUAAUCGAGAACCAAUAAGAGAAGCCUUUCUUCUCGAAAAAGCCUUCAACACACAGUUUAGUUUUAACCGUGAUUAAUUUCAGAAGAACCAAUCAGACAAGCCUUUCAAAAAAGGAACUCAAGAUAUAAAAAUAAGGUCAAGAACCACAUCUACUUAAAAUAUAGAUUCAAAAAAAA